AUGUCUGGCGGUGACAGACAGGGUUUUGGUGUCUACCAUGAACCCGCGUUUGGGCGACAAUCCUCCGCGUCAUUUAGCUCCGUUCAUGACACCCUAGAAACGUCCGCCUCUUUCUCCCCUCAGGCACAGUCGCCCUCCACGUAUUCCCCUUUACCGUCCGCCCUGCUGCGUCCCCAUAAUCACUCCACUCCCACGAAUCACCGGCCGGAGGACGAUCAAUUGGAAGAUCAUAGAGGGCGGGAGUCUCCCGAUCCUGCCGAUUAUUAUCGCCGUGGGGCCCUGCCAACCUCCACCAAUGUAAGAGAAGGAUUCAGCGAUGUAAUACCGGAUAUGGCUAUGGCCAGUCGUUCUGCAAUGGGUGAAAAAGUAUCACCCAUGCCAGCGAACCCUUUGGGUUCAUCGCGUACCAGGAGCCAACUGCCUCGCUCCACUUCCGACACCACAUCUUUAGCGCCCUCUACCACCCACCCGGUGGUACCUGCGGGUGCCAGAUCACGACAGACUUCAUUCAGAGACCUUGUGAAUAGAUUUAACAACGCCCCUGACCAAGUUCUACCUUUACCCUCUGCGUCGCGAACCACCUCAAGAACAGUGAGCCCUUCUGGGAGUGCAGAUGGGGAGCGCUAUCGCACCUUUCCACGCCGUCGUCAGUACCGCGAUUCCCUGCCAGGGUCAAUCACCAGUCACCCUCGUGCACCGCUUGAUUCCACGCCGUCUUCACCAGACACAGAGCGGUUUCCCUCUGUGAACCCCAACGGUGGUGUCCCACCGCCAUUGUCGUCGCGUCUUUCGGAGUCGCAUCCUCGUCGUCCACUGUUUGGUGAAUUAUUGCCAAUCAAUACUCAGGUCAACAACAGACCUCUAGCGCGUUUGCAACGUCGCGGCUCGGAUGGGAGUAUAGCAAGCCCGAACCCAGCCUUCCUUGAUCAGCACGAUCAAUUCUCUUCCAAAACACCACUCACGCCCACCGCGUGGUAUUUGGGCCACGCAGCAACGCUCGAGGCCGUCAACGGUGGAGCAAACAGCAGCGGGCAUCGUAGAAUCCAGAGUGAUUUGACCAAAAACCCUCCGGCCUCCCUUUGCCGAGCCUUGGAAUCCCGAAAUGGCACCCAAAUUCCCGAUCACGCAUUCCUGUCUCUUCACAUCGUCUUCUCACUGCUUCCGGUCCCGAAACCCUAUCUCCCUCCUCCAAUCCGACGUUCAGCCGUCGGUCCGCCGCCAUUUCCUCGCCGCCUAGGGGCAACAGCCGCCUUCCUAUUCUGUCACCUAAACACAGCCCUCCCCCGCAUGCCACAAGAUGAUCCCCUCUCGUUUGCGCCCACCUCACGUGUGCGGCGCGAUCUAAGCGCCAGCCAAACCCGCAAUCAAUUAUCCGAAUCAAGCCGGCGGCUUCAGGCUUACAUCGCGGCUCCACCGCCCAAGAAGUCCCCUCCUCUACGCAGCUCUCGGCCUCGGCAACCCAUUUCACAUGGUGGCACAGUCCCCCCACGCUCGAGAAUUGGAGAUAGAGUUUCAUCAUUACAAAAUCACGCCGACGGUGGCCCGCGAUCGUCUCACACGCAGCCACGCAAGCUACCAGGAUUGGGCAACGUUGAUUUCGAGGCUCGCCGCCAACACAUUCAACAGGCCAUCAACAAGAAUAAGAAUGGACAGAGAGACAACGCAACUACUCAGGAAGCUCGACGUCGUCCUGUGGCGCGCGGUGAUAACUCGCAUGACGACCUGAAUCAAUCGACAAAGCACUCCCCUCCCGUUCCUCAAUUGGCUCCAAACGACACCAAAGAACCCGAUGAUAUGGCUACUAUGGUCACGGCAUCGACCAAUGGGGUUGGUUCGAGGGCGGAUGGAGUUAACACCGUUCCAAUAUUGCAUCUCAACACGUCUCUCUCAACGCCAGACCCAGCAGCGCCACAUACGACAAUGGACUCCCCGACUCUCGGCUUACCUGAGGGAGGCGCCGCAACAAACGCAGGCGAUGAACAGCCUCUCGAGACUGAUGUACCGAACUCGGCCAUCACGGCCAAUUCUGAUGAAACCCAUGUCACGACCUUUGACACGGAACCACAGUCCGGGCUGGUAGAGCGAAAACCUAGCAUAUCUAGCCGGACUCUGCUCAGCCAGAUCAUGCAAAUCCGUGGGUCCAGCCCAAGUGACGACUCUUGUGAUGAGCCAGACUGCAGCAUCUCAGAGACUGAUCGAGAGUCUGUCCCAAACACGUCCGGCGACACAGCCUUUUAUGACUCGUCGAGUAGUGGGAACACUCAGUAUCCUCAACACGCCUCGGUACAACCAACUGCAGCAGAUUACCAAACUCGCAAUCGAUGGAGUGUCAGCUCGUGGUCUUCUGUACAGAAUCACAAUUCCACCUGCGACGAAAGUGGCGAUGAUCUAGGUCUCCCAAGACAAGAUACAGAGCCACCGACGGAGCCUUGCUCAGCUGUGUCCACAAGACCAGCUUCAAUAGCGGACUACGAUGACUCUCGACCUCCUUUGCAGGAUCAUGGUGUCAUUGGGCCUAACACCCUUCAGUCCACCAGGCACCGUGAAAGCGCUUUUUAUAAUCCACCCAAUCUAGCAAGAAUGGGAAGAUGGGACUCAAAGCGAGCUACUCAGCUCUACCUCGAGGAGCUGACACGAGGUGGAAUCCAUAAUUAUAGCGCAGCCACCCACAGCUCCUCUGAGCCUCGGUCUCACCCCACCAAUGCACGUGAAGAUGAACGCAACGAGAGUCUAACAGACGAUCCAGUUGUAGUUCCAAAAUUCCAGGAUUACCAAAUCUCUGGUCAACUUUCACACACCGCAAGCUUGGUUGGGCGUGAUGACUGGGAACAUGCAUCUCCUUCCAUCAUGGACUGGAUGCAGGUACGAGCUGAGGAUGAUGCAGUGACGCCUGCCACAGAUCCUGAUAGCAAUAUCGAUGAGGAAGUGCUCACCCCUCGCGUCAUUCCUCCCACGCCCGAUGUCGCCGAGAGUGAUGGCCUCGGCUUAUCGUUGGAUAAGGAAGCUCCCCGUGGACAGGGACUCUAUCCCCUGGUGAUUCCAUCCUCAUCAGGGGCACCCCAGGAUGGAGCCUCCUCCGAGGGAGCUCCCGCUCACCAAUCGACUCAAGGUGAAUCCGACGCGCCAAGGGAUCCGGCACAUAGUCCAGACAGCAGCGAAGACUCCUCUUUCCGGCGUAUUGUGACCAAUGAAUCUCCCGCUGCGCCUGACUCCUCCUGCACGUCGCUUGCACCCUCCGGGGAACAAACUGCUCGAGCAGAGUCUAGGAAAUCACCUUCUCCUGAACAGCGCCGUCUGAAGAAGAGGCAGCAUAUCAUCAAGGAGCUCGUCGACACUGAACACACAUUCGGUCAUGAUAUGAUGGUUAUCGAGGAUAUCUACAAGGAGACCUCCUCUGAUGUAUUGGACGCCGAUGAUAUCAAGAUUCUCUUUGGCAAUUCUGAACAAGUUGCGGACUUCUCUGAUCACUUCCUGCACGACCUCAAAAAGGCUGCCCGAAGCAUCUACAUCAUUCCCAAGGCGCAGCGCUGGACCAGCCAACGCAAUGCCGAGAACAAGCCUCCCCAAUCCGAACCUCCUGUUGAUGUUCAACUGGCCGAGUAUGCAGGAUUGUCGGAUCUUGAAAAGGAUCGCUCCACCACAGUUGGCCAUGUUUUCGUUAAGCAUGUUCAGCUGAUGGAAAAGGUAUACACGGACUAUCUGAAGAAUCACGACGCUGCAAACAAAAAGCUUCAGGCAUUGCAGCGUGUUCCAAACGUGGGUAUCUGGCUGGGUGAGUGUCGCAACUAUGCCUCCGAUCUUACCACCGCCUGGGACUUGGACUCCCUGCUCGUCAAACCCGUGCAGCGAAUCCUCAAAUACCCCCUUCUUUUGCAGGAUCUAUUGGAGUCCACGCCAAACGAUCAUCCAGAUCGGGUGGCAAUUGCCAAUGCGCUGGAGGAGGUCACGAACGUUUCUCAUCGCAUCAAUGAGUCAAAGAAGCGUGCAGACCUCGUUGGUCAAGCCGUCGGUCGCAAGCGCAAUCAGUCUGAUGUCCGUGCCGGCCUGUCCAAAGCGUUCGGUCGUCGCACUGAGAAAUUCCGACAGCAAGUUGGUCUCUCGGAUUUGUUUGAGGACAAAACCUACGAUAUGUUGGCACAGAAGCUCGGAGACGGCUACUUUCAGUUGCAGGUUGUCAUGCGUGAUGUUGAAACUUACUCGUCUGACGUCCAACUCUGGGUCACCCAGUUCAGUGAGUACACUGAUGCUAUGGGCGAAGUGACCGGGAUGUCACCAUCUCCCUACCCCGAGCUAGAGACCAAGUGGCAUCGAUUCAAGAUGACUGUUCAAGAUAUUGUUACCACUGCCCUGCCCGAACAUCUGGAUAUCGUUCGCAAGACCGUUAUCAGUCCGAUGGUUGAAGUUCUCGGGCUCUACAAUGCGCCCCAACGCGUCAUGCGCAAACGUGACAAGCGUCUUCCUGAGUACGCACGCUACAAGGCCAUCAAGGACCGUGGCGACAAACCCGACAAGAAGACUACCGAGCAGGGCGAGCAGUUCCUGGCUUUGAAUGAAACUUUGAAAGACGAGCUUCCCAAGCUUUAUUCAUUGACUGCCAAACUGAUGUCAGCGUGUCUGAAGAACUUCAUCAGAACCCAAACUGCGUGGUUUAGUGCUCUGCAGCUGAAGAUUGGAAACCAUGUGGAUUUCCCAGGCGAUCUCCAACGGCUCGUCAAUGACUUCAAUAGUGACCACCAUCUGAUGGAAGCGCGCAUGCAAGAGCUGAGCACUUGCAAUGGAUCAAUGCUUGCUCAUUCCCUCAAUCUGGUUCCUCUAUCACCAACCGAGUCCAACGUGCAGUCUCCCCGCCGUCCGUCUACUGUCAACAGUGGGAAGACCCGACCAGGGUCGAUGACUGACGACUCCCCGAACAUGUCGCGCGACUUCAGCAUUGGCAGUCAAUCUUUCCAAUCGCCACAGAUGGAGCCUCAAUCCGGCCGGAGCAGCCGGUACCGUGCCGAUUCCACCCUUUCCAGCAGAGUGGUCUCAGACACCCCCAACCAAAUGCUGCAACAGGCUAUCAGCUCUCCCAACUCUGGACGCAACAGCACUUCCGCCGAGCCUUUCCCCAGUCUUCCACAGCUGAGCUUGGACACCCCCUUCCUCGCGGACGUUAUCAACUCCACCCACAACAGUCAGCCUACCUCUCCAGUGGCGGAUCGAUACUCUGGCUUCUUCUCUUCUGCCAUGCCUAUGUCCGACAAUACACCCGAGACCGCCCCGAACCAGCCCCGGCCCAAUGGGCCCGCUGCACUUUUCUGUGCUGCCAGUCUGUACGAUUUCAAUAUUGAUGCCCGCACAGAGGGCGGGUACCCCUAUUUAACCUAUGCCUCCGGCGAUGUCUUCGACAUCGUUGGUGAGAAGGGCGAGCUAUGGCUCGCCCGCAACCAGGACGACGCAGCUGGUACAAUUGGCUGGAUUUGGAACAAACAUUUUGCUCUCAUCCGCUAA